GAGGAUCGACAGCGUUUCCGAGCACAGCUUCGAAGAUGAGCCGGCUGUUUCUCGUACUGCUGUUCGUGUGCGUCGUUUCGGCCACCAGGUGCAUCAUUAAGGACGACAAGGACGACCCAGAGGUUCACGUAAUCCGCUUAGGGGAUCGCAGUGGAGAUUCAGACGAGUCCGAGCUCGUAACCUUGAACCUCCCAGACAGCAGACGCAAACGGGAAGCGGAUAAAUCCUGCAAGAAAUAUGGCGAAUGCCCCGCGGGAAAGGUUUGCGUUCCGUUUUUAGGAUGCAUCAAGGGCCACCGGAAGCAUCUUCUUUUGCGGAAACCACCACCUCAGUCAACCGUUCGGGCUUGAAUGUUCUCGACGUAGCGAAGAAGAAAACGGCACUCGUAGUAAAACCAUGUACGCACUGCUCGUAAAAAUAAACUGCUAGCUUUACCGAGGAAAGGAGCUU